AUGGACGUAGCUGCACCGGUUAUUGUUGCAUUUACUAGCCUGAAUCUCUUGACUUGGAAUGUAGGCGCAUCAAACAUCUCUGCAACUCGCAUUGUCGUGUCCCCAAGGGUAUUUCAGAAUCAGUCCCUGGCUGUGUACUUUGGUGAUGCUAUAGGGACCAUAGGAAUUUUACCAAUUGAAUGUGAUACUCCUCAGAAGGCUUUGACAAUCUACCAUGAUUCCUUCCGAACAAUUCCGGAACUUCAGCUCAUUCAGUCCACUGCUUCAAUGGGUGACAAGUUCCGCUGCAAGGUCACAAUUACCGACAUAGAUACAACACGAGACUGGUGCUACCUCGGUUGUGCUAUCUGUUGCAAAGCGGCGGUUCGUCAUGAUGCUCCAUUAUGGUGUGACAAAUGCAAGGCAACAGUCCUCCUGCAUCAGCUGAAACAAUGCUUUCAUAUUCGGCUGAUGGGUCAGGAUGAUGAUUCGGCAUGCGCUCCUUUUUUGUUGUUAGGCCAAACUGCAGAAACACUUCUGUUGGUGUCCGCCAAUGCUUUAUUUGCUGCUUCCCCUGAUCGUGUUAACGGGUACCCUUCAACUAAAUGUACUAUGUAG